AUGACAUCAGUACAAGAGCACAAUAUCAAGUCGGAUCAAGCUAUUAAUAAAAUUAUAGCACAAGAGAUUGAAAAAGCAAUCAAUACUUAUAUAGAAAAGUUUAACCAAGAAUUGGAUUCUGAGCUUGAAAAUGC